AACCCUUUCUAGUUUCUAUUUUUCAACCCUUGCCGCGUUUUCAGAGUAAUUUGCUCAAACCCUGGGCAUUGGAUUGUCUGCGAUAGGCAUGAUCAAUCUUUGAUCGGUUUCAUGUGAUUCUUCUCUCUUGAACAGAGGAGGACGGGGCUCUUCUUCCUGCUCUUUUGGCUUUGAUAAACAACAAAUUUUAACCUCAGAUUCAACCCACCGCCGCGAAGAUCGUCUUUCGGGAAGAUUGAAGAUCAUCCUUCUCUCCCGCCCUUCUCUCGGGCUGUCGUGACUCCCGCCCCUUCUCUCUUCCUUCUCUCCCUCCCACUUCGGCCUUCCUCUUCUCUCCCAGCGCCGUGAAGCAUUCAACUAGGUGUGUUGGACGAGUUGAUUGACUACUGGGUGUUUGGCUGCUUAAAGGAAGCUAAGAAGCAAUCAUGGAUGUUGAUUCGGAGAAACCUAUUGAAGAAAUCAUACUGGAUGGAGAGGAUUUAAUGAAGGGGCCACCUAGCCCCCUCAUCCCACCAGAAAUUGCCUCGCAUGUGCUUGAAGGUGUUGAUUUGUGCUCUGGGAUUUUAAGGAAUCUGUUCUUGUGCUUGCAAGUCAACAACAUUGAACCAUUCUGUCAAGAAGACAUCGCUUUAUAUCGAGAAUGCGCAGAAAAGAGGGAUGAGAUACUAAGGCAUCGACUUCAAGAUAGCGAGCGCAAAUUGGGUUUGUCAAUGCCUUUAGAUGAAGCCAAGGAAAGAGCUUCCCAGCUUGAAUCUGAAGUUACAUCUCUGGAAAGGCACAUGAUUCUUGCUAGUGGAAUUAAAGGUGUUGAAGGAUUUCGUCAAAGAUGGAGUUUACAUGGUCGGCUUACCGAUACGAGGAAUAGGUUGGAGUCUUUGAGGCAAGGAAUAGAUAAUCGAAAAAAGGAUGAUUCUGUUCAAAAGGCAACUACGAAAAGAUGGUUUCUUUGGUGAAUGGCUGGUAUUGAAUCUUAUAUAGUGAUUAUCCUUUCUCCUCCUAGAGGAGAAAAACACUACACAACACCUAGUAGGCUUGUUAUUGUUGGAGAGUUCACUGCAGCUAGCUUUCCAGGCUUCCAGCUUCCUGUUCUCUAAAGAUAUUACCAAAUCAUGAUAUAUUUCUAGUAAAGGUAUGGAUUGUCAUUUCAUAUGCAUUUGCAAUUCAAAGAUCCAUCCAACGUAGAUUAACCUCCUCUAGCUAGGAUUAAGUCUUGGGUUUGCUUUUUCGUCUACUCUUGUAAACUCACAUCUGUUAGUGAUCAGGUAUACCAGAAGUUUCUACUUUCUA